UGCAGAUUGUCUUCCUUGUCUGUGUGGUUGCUCAUUAUUCAGAGACAGACGGAUCUCAGGUCAUCUGCAGCUGCAGCAAAGGAGAAGCAGGAAAGAUGGCGAUCAUCCAUUAGACCGACCGGGCGCACGCAUGAAAUACGAGGACAACUUUUGGGAGGAUCGCUUGAGGAGAAGAUUGUACCAGUUUCCCUGAUUUUCCAGGGAGUGCUCCCUCUUUCUAGUGAUGGAGGUACUACAGUGUGAUGGCUGUGACUUCCGUGCCGAGUCAUAUGACGACUUGAAGACCCACAUUCAGGAAGUACACACUAUUUUCCUGCAGCCAGCAGAUGCCGAUGAGGCUGCCUCUCUGAAAGACGAGGAUGAAGAAGAGGAGAGAGAGGAGGAGGGAUGUGAGGAUAAGGAUGACAAGGAUUAUACGGCCCCAAAAGCUGGAAUGAGCCCCACCUCUACUGACAAUUCCAACCAAACAUCACAAAAGCCGACAGCUGAAACUCAUCUGCCAUUUUACCAGUGCAAGUUUUGUGUCCGUUACUUCAGAUCACAAUCAUUCUUAAGGAACCACACCAAAAAAGUGCAUAAUGUUGUCGAGGAAGACUCAGAUGCAAGUAUCUCCUUGCAAACAGCCAAGCAGCCCAGCUACACAGUUAUAAUGCACAAGGACAAUUCAAAAGUGUAUUCCUGCCAGUAUUGCACAUACAAGUCUCCACGUAAGGCACGAAUACUGAAACAUCAACUAAUGUAUCACAGCAAAGUCCCCUUAGAAAGCGGAGGGGGUUCUUCUGAAUACACUGAGACUGGAGAGGAAUCUGAUCCAGCCUGUGGACUUAUCAAGGGGACAUUUGCUUGUGAAUGGUGUGACUAUCAAACUGACCAGAAGGACAGCUGGACUUCUCACGUGGUUAAAGAACACAGUGACAAGGUCAAAAUAGUUUCCAGCAUUGCAGAGUUGGAAGGGGAGGUGAGUGCAAGCUUGGCCAAAUCAGAUUCUCCUUCUGCCUCCCUAAGCCCGAAUCCGUCAAAAGUAAGCAUUGCUGAUGUUGGCAAAAAGGAUGAUCCAGUAGAAAAAACAUCCACUUCGGAAGAGUCAGCCCCAGAAAUCUCAUCUUUUCAGUUUGCACAGAUUAGUGCUGUAACUCCCAACAGCACAGGUUCCUCCAUCUUGUCCAAGAGGUUUGCUUCAUCUGAUGUUCCAAACAGUGCCACAGAAAUGGACUCCAACUUACUCAACGAUGAAGACUCCAGGAGCAGUUUGGAGGACGAUGACGAUGAAGAGCUGGGGGAUAAUGAUGAUGAUGCCAGCUAUACUGGGACCCUGUCAGCAGAUGCAAAGCAGCUUUUAACUGAUGAGGAUAAUAAAUUACUGGAGACGAAAGGAAUACCGUUUAGAAAGUACAUGAACCGAUUUCAGUGCCCGUUCUGCUCCUUUCUUACCAUACACAGGCGGAGCAUAUCCCGCCACAUAGAAAACAUUCACCUUUCGGGUAAAACUACAGUUUAUAAAUGUGAUGAAUGCCCGUUUAUUUGCACCAGCCCUCUUAAACUAGGCACGCACAAACAGAGCCACAGUUCCUCAGACGUAGAAACCAUGGACCUAACAAGGGAUAGCCCAGAACCUCAGAAUGACAAUGCUGUAGAGCCAGUCAAUGGGGGUAACGUGACCUCCAAAGUCAAUGGGAAAAAGACAACCAGCACACCAAACGACCAGCAGAACCCUCAUCGCUGCUCACUCUGCAGCUUCUCCACCACCACCCUGAAAGGUCUGAGGGUUCACCAGCAGCAUAAACAUUCCUACUGUGAUGACCUUGACUCCACUGUCUUUGAAAACCAGAUUACUGACCAGCCGGACUCUGAGGUGGACGCUUCUCCAAUCUUCCUCCAAAAAACCCAGACCCCCAUUUUGGGCCUUGCCACCAAAAAGCCCUUAGCUACCGGGAAAAGAGCCAGAAAAUCCAUCAAUGACCUGCCUCUGGAUUUGUCCUCAGUUAAGAAACGUACAAGAAUUGACGAAAUCGCCAGUAACCUUCAAAGUAAGAUAAGCCAAAGCCAACAAGAUAUGAUCAUAAACCUGGACGAAAUGGAAGAUGAAGAUGCAGGAGAGAACCACGCCAGUGCUGAUCGAGACAGUGGAAACAGCGACAGCAAGAACCCUGUCUUCACUUUCACUACGCUUAACGCAAGAGACUCAAUACUAUCUAACGAUGGAGGCAGAAUAGGGAAAAGAAAAAGCAACCCUAAGUCAAAACCCAGAAGCAUCCCUAUAUCACUGACUCUCUCAGAUGAUAGUGAAAACAUCUCAGUUGAUCCAAGUGAUAGUACCAUCCAAGAGAGUGCUGAUUAUUCGGAGGAACAAGGAACUACUCGUUUCUACUGCAAACACUGUGACUACCACAACAAGUCAGCUCGUAGCGUCAGCACCCAUUACCAGAGGAUGCACCCUUAUAUUAAGUUCAGCUUUAAGUACAUCCUCGACCCAGAGGACCAGAGCGCAGUCUUUCGCUGCUUGGAGUGCUACAUCGAAUACACCAACUACAAUGAUCUACACCAACACUACAUGGAUCACCACCCUGAAGCGAGCAAUGUGCUGAACUUCAACCAACCAAAUCUGGUAUACAUGUCGUUUUGUUCAUAUACGAGCCCCAAUGUCCGGAGCCUGAUGCCUCAUUACCAAAGAAUGCAUCCUACAGUGAAGAUCAACAACGCUAUGAUCUUCUCCAGCUACGUGGUGGAGCAGUCCCAAAAAUCUGGUGAAUCACAAACUCUGAGGGAAAUAUUAAACUCUGGCCCCAAGAGUUUCAACUCAUCUUCAUCAACCUCUAGAUCCUCGUCCAGCCCAGUGCUUAAAACAGCCGCCAAGACCCCUGAAGUUAGCGCUGAGGCAGACUCUCUCAAAGAAUCAAUGAGUGGUAAUGUUGUAGUCUAUGACUGUGAUGUUUGUUCGUUUGCCAGCCCCAACAUGCACUCCGUUUUAGUCCACUACCAGAAAAAGCACCCAGAGCAGAAGGCAUCUUAUUUCCGUAUACAGAAAACCAUGAAGGUUAUUUCAGUGGAUCAACAGCCUGUUGCAAACUCGACAUAUAACCUCAGCAUGGCUUCCCCUCCAAAACAAUCAAACACCCCACUGUAUGGAACAGAUGAAGAAAUGUACUACUGUAAGCACUGUGUGUACAGCAACAGAUCUGUUGUUGGUGUGCUGGUCCAUUAUCAAAAGAGACACCCAGAGGUUAAGGUGACGGCAAAGUACAUCAAACAUGGAGCCCCCACCCCAGGUUUGAUGAAAUUAAUGGAUGAAUUGCAAAUUGCUGCACCCAAACAGUUUAUGAAGCAGUUCCAAAAUAACGGUCAUGAUGGGUCUAACAACUCAAGCCCCAAACAAGGAAGUGGUGAGAAAGGUGAGGAUGAGCUGUUCUUCUGUCAGCAUUGUGAUUAUGGCAACCGCACUGUUAAAGGAGUGCUGAUUCAUUACCAGAAGAAGCACAGGGAAACCAAGGCCAACGCUGACCUUGUGCGUCGUCACACUGCUGUCGUCCGGAGUCAGCGUGAGCGUGCACAGAUGGUUCAGUCAGGCGGUGUCUCUUCUGCUGCAAUCCCAGCCCCUCCGGACCCUGAAAACGCAACAUCCCUGCGUACCCUUAAGUGCAAACACUGUUCUUACACAUCCCCUUACAUCUACGCCCUCAAGAAGCACCUGAAGAAAGAGCACCCCACUGUGAAAGCCACAGCCAUGACCAUUUUACACUGGGCUUACCAAGAUGGCAUUUUAGAGGCUGGCUACCACUGUGAGUGGUGCAUUUACUCCCAUGCUGAACCACAAGGCCUGCUGCUCCAUUACCAAAGACGCCAUCCUGAGCACAAUGUGGAUUACACAUACAUGGCGAGCAAGCUGUGGGCGGGACCAGAGACCACCCAACAAGGGGGCAAUAUGGAAACCAAGCAUUACAAAUGCAGAGACUGUGCCUUUGAGGCCUGUACAAUAUGGGACAUUACAAGCCACUAUCAGGCAGUCCACCCGUGGGUCAUAAAAGGGGAUGAAUCUGUGCUUUUAGAUAUCAUCAAAGGAAAUGGUUCAGCUGAUAAGAUCCACCCACAGGUUGCAAAAGAACAUGGGGCUUUCCAUUGUGACUCUGCUGAAGAUGAUGGAGCUUUUGUGAUUGCCACCCCACCUCAAGAAAGCAAUGCCCACCCGCCUCACCCACGUCUUUCCAUCUCCAACAAUGCGUACCAGUGCACUGUAUGUCUAUCAGAGUACAACAGUCUCCAUGGCCUCCUCACCCACUAUGGGAAGAAGCACCCAGGCAUGAAAGUAAAAGCUGCAGAUUUUGCACAGGAGGCAGAUAUCAACCCCAGUUCUGUGUAUAAAUGUCGUCACUGUCCGUAUGUCAACUCUCGAAUCCACGGUGUCCUCACUCACUAUCAGAAAAGACACCCUUUAGUGAAAGUCACUGCAGAAGACUUUGCAGAUGAUAUAGAACAAAUCUCUGACCCAAAUGAAGGGGAAGACAAGUGCAAAACUCAGAGGCAGGGUUACGGUGCAUACAGAUGUAAAAUGUGCCCAUACACACAUGGGACACUGGAGAAACUCAAAAUCCAUUAUGAGAAAUAUCACAAUCAGUCUGCCUCAGAUAUGUUCACUCCCUCUCUGACACAUUUCUGCCUGAGUAAAGACACAGAGCCGGUAGCUGAAUGCAGCACUGGUAAUAUAUCAAGCUCAGCAAAAGUCCAGGAGGUCAGUGAGUUGGACCUUGCCCUCUCCCAGUUACCCAUCAAUAAGACAGAGAAACAUGCUGUGUUCAAGUGUCAGCUCUGCAAAUACUUCUGCUCCACCAGGAAAGGUAUUGCUCGCCACUACCGUAUAAAGCACAACAAUGUGCGUGCCCAGCCAGAGGGUAAGAACAAUGUCUUUAAAUGUGCCCUGUGUUCAUACACCAACCCCAUACGCAAAGGCCUGGCAGCACACUACCAGAAGCGCCAUGAUAUUGAUGCUUAUUACACCCAUUGUCUGGCAGCUUCAAAGACUUUGACCGAAAAGCCGAACAAAGUGAUUGCACCCCUGCCAUCAGAAGCAGAGAAUACAGAAAUGAGUGAAGACUUGCGCUUGGCUGUAGAAAGUCGAAAGUGUUCACUUUGCGCCUUCCAGGCCUUCAGCAGGAAGAGCAUUGUAUCACACUACAUUAAACGCCACCCAGGUGUCUUCCCCAAGAAGCAGCAUGCUAGCAAGCUUGGCCGCUACUUUACCGUUAUUUAUGCCAAAGAACCCGAGAAGAUUGCUGUAAGUCUGAUGGCUGAGGAAGAUAAAGAAGUGCUGGAGGUUCCACUUGAACCCGAGCCGGACUUAGAGGAUGAUUGGCUACCUUUCAAGUGUCUAAAAUGCUUCCGGUUGUCCUUCAGCACGGGCAAGCUGCUCUCUAUGCACUACAAUGACCACCACAGCAAUGACUUGAAGAGGGACUUUGUGGUAGCAGAAGGUCUGGGGGAUGAAGACUCUGAGUUGUACCAGUGUUCUCACUGUGAGCUGAAGUUCUUAACUCUCCCAGUUUUGGCUAAUCAUCUGUUGAACCACAAUGAGGAAUUUCAGAAGAGGGCCAUGAGGAUGGAGAGGAGAAGGCAGCUUCUCAGCAAACAGAAAACUACUGAAUUACCUGAGAACAAACUGGAGAAGGAAAGCCCUGUAAACACUGCUCCCAUUGGAUACAGGUGCCACUUCUGCGUAGAGGUCCACCCCACCCUCCGAGCCAUCUGCAACCACCUUAGGAAGCAUGUCCAGUAUGGAGAGGUCAAGGAGGGACAUGUCAAGCAGGAAGUCAGCGAGGUCCCCCUGAUGCUGCCUUCAGAGAGCUUAACUAAUGGCGACCUGGAGGGGGAUGAAGCUGAAGCAGAUGGCCUUGAGAGACCUGUGGCUACAAUGACAGAUCCACCCUUGACUCCCACAGCCUCUGCCGGUGUCGCUGUUAUCACGGAGACACUGGAGGCAGAGAAGGACGCUGUUGAAGGACGGGCAGCGGCCCUCGUGGCUGCAGCGAGGGCCGUGGUGUCGGAGGACCAACUGAAGCAGCGAUUAGCAGCAGGAGGUCACCCGUGUGCCCAGUGUGACAGAGUCUUUAUGUCCAUGCAGGGACUGAGGUCCCACGAGAGGAGCCACUCAGCCAUGGCACUGUUCAGCAGAGAGGACAAGUACAGCUGCCAGUACUGCCAGUUUGUCUCACCCUUCAGACACAAUCUGGACAGACACGUGCAGUCUCACCACGGGCACCACAAGCCCUUCAAGUGCAAACUGUGCCCCUUUAAAUCUGCCUACGUGAGCCGCCUCAAGAGCCACCUGCAUAAGGCACACACAGGUGAGCAGCACACAUACAAGUGCUUGUCGUGCCCCUUCUCCUCCAUGACCAUCAGCCAGCUGAAGGAGCACUCGCUGAGAGAUCACGGCGAGGCUCUGACCCUCCCCAAACUCCGAGCUGCCACACAGGCCGCCCACACCACCCCCAGGCUCUCCCGGCUGCCCAGUAACAUAGAGGACUCUCCUCUGGCUCCAGAUGAUCCAUCAUAUCUUGAGCCAGCGGAUGUUCGUCAGCAGCUUAGUCAUUACCAGCUGGCCUCCCGCAGUCAAAUGUCUUCCGGCUCAACACCUGGUGGCUCAACGGUGGCUGACAAUCGACCAGACGGCGUCCUUACUUGUGAGUUCUGUGAGUUCAGCUCCGGAUACAUGCAGAGUCUGCGUCGGCACUACAGGGACCGCCACGGUGGCAAGAAGCUCUUCAAAUGCAAGGACUGUUCCUUUUUCACCUGCUACAAGAAUACCUUCACCAUGCAUGUGGAAGCUGGUCACAACAACAGUGCACCUGAAGACCUCCCAAAAGACCUGCGCUGUCCCCUCUGCCUCUACCACACCAAACAUAAGAGCAAUAUGAUCGACCACAUUGUCCUACACAGAGAGGAGCGUGUGGGACCGCUUGAGGUCAGCCGAUCCAAGCUGUCGCGUCACCUUCAGGGCCUGGUGUUCCGCUGCCACAAAUGCACCUUCACAUGCUCCAGCGACCAGGCUUUGCAGCUGCACCUGCUGAAGCACGCUGAGAUAAAACCCUACCAGUGCCAGCUCUGUUACUAUGACAGCAGUCGACGUAGCCAGCUAGAGGAGCAUCUACGCCUUGAACACAAGGUAAUCCGAAACUUUGAGCUGAUGGGCCGUGUCAACCUGGACCAGCUGGAGAUGAUAAAGGCACACGAGGGCAGCGUGCAAGAGGAGGAGGAGGAAGAAGAAGAAAUCAUGGCGAUGGGUAUAGAUGGGAACCUAGCUGCUGCUGUGGAUGAGGAAUUGGAGGAGGAGGAGGAGGAGUUGGAGGAUGAGGUAUAUGAAGAGGAGGAUAAAGGGAUGGAAAUGAUGACGAACAUGGUGCAGGAACAUAGAGAGGUAGACGAUGAAGAGAUGGAGGAUAACAUCAAGAAAGAAGAGGAAGAGGAGGAAGCAGAUGAAGAGGAAGUCAAGACAGUGGAGGAAGAGAGGCCAACCCAACAAGAGGUCUUUGCAUCCCCCACCAGCAGCACCAACAGCAGCUCUGGGCCAAGCGGUGCGGAAAAGCGUCUGCCUUGUGAGUUCUGUGGUCGCUGCUUCACCAACAGCCUCGAGUGGGAACGACAUGUCCUUCGACAUGGCAUGAUUUUUAACAACAGUCGCAUGGACACCAGCACCACCUCUGCAUUAGAGGCCUCUGCCUCAUCUUCCACCAGCUCCUCGGUCCUGAUGGACCCAGGAUUGGACCUGUCCAGCAACAAAAAUGAAGAAGGGAACGCCGCUAAUCUAACACUGAGCAGUCAAAGCCAGUAUGUGGAAGACGAAGAAAUGCUCAACACCAAAAAGGAUCAACAGUUUGGUUGAACUUAUCGUGGACUAUUGGGUUAAUGUGCCAGGAACUGAUAACCUGGGGUAGAAUAAGCACUGAGCUGGAUAUUCAAACAGGACGGGAAGAAAAACAUUGAAAAGGAAGAGAGUGACUUCUUGUGAGUUGGCGCAUUACUAGAUUUUACGUGUUACAUAUUUAAGUAUUAGGUUGUGCUGCAUAAAACGGCUGAGCUCUUUUAAUGGGCAGUCCCCUAGGACAGAUUUUAAUAUAUUGGUAACCAAUAGUGAACAGAACUCUUUAUUGCUGACAUUCUGGUCAAAUCUACAGUGAAAGAUUCCACCUAGAUAAAGCUAAGCUAUUUAUGAAGAAUGUUCUCCAAGAUGAUUAACUAAAUUUAGCGUUUUCUUCUUUCAAGCACCUUUUACACUCCCCCUACUUCUACUCUGACUAUGAAGUUACAGAAAAAGCAACAAAAGAUGAAAGCAUUUACAACGAUUGCCCACUGUAGAGAACCUUUUUCUUGUUUUCCUGUAAAAGAGACUUUUUUCAUCCUAGCCUUGUGUUAAAUGUGUAGAAGUAUUCCUGAGGAAGAGUUGCACCUUAUCUUUUUUAGCAAAAUCUUACAUUGUGUUUUCUUCAUCGUAGAAAUAUUGUAAUUUCCCCUAAUGUUUGUAGCAAAUUGCUACAUUUAAGGUCCCUUAAUAUUAUACUACGUAUAAGCCUUCACCCUGUGGCACCCUUUGCCUUUUGACUGUGCUGUUUUACCGUCCAGUUAUUUCACUGUUGAAGUCAUGCAAAUAAGGAGAUAAGUCUCCUUUUCCCCCGUAAGAGAUCAUGUUGUUUGUGGUACAACUUUAAUAAGGCCACCUGGAAAUUGACAGGUGUUAACAACAGGCAAAAUAUUUCUAACCAUGAUCAACUGACAGAGAUUACACUUGUCUUUUUAGUGCCAGAAUCAAGCACUGUCAGCAUAUUGUAUGGACAUCAACCAAUAAGGACUGACAGUGCUUUUUAGCUACAUAACUAUUCCCAGGAUUUUCAUAAUAAGAGGACACAUUUGCUAGUUGGUUAAUAACAAUUAAAGGCAUCCAAAUUUGAAUCCCUACAGACUUGCUGUUGAUGCACAAAUAAUGAUACCUUUGCAUUGCUUUAUAAGGCAUCAUUGUUAUUAUAUUAUCAUGCAAAAUUGCAUGUGAAUACAGAUGUCAAAUGUCAUUAUUACUGGACCAUCAUGAAAAUUCAAACAAGAUAAAAGAACUCCUGAAAAAGUAGUUCCUGCGACCAAAAGUCCAUGAAGAGUUUCAAGGACUGUGAGUUGUAGCCAAAGUUUAAGUGCCUUAAAAUCAAGUUACGCUGAUGGACAGUAAUACACUUUAAUUCUUUACAAGAAUCCAACUGGUUUCAAAGUAACCAGAAUAGUGUAACUUCUCUUCAAAAUUAUGUUUUUCUCAAAAGAACUCAAAGGCUGAUUUCAGGUCUUUGUUAAAUUAGCUCAGAGUAGAUGUAAUAACAUCUGACUUUGUACAUUUACCAAGAUUUCAAAGUUGCAGUUGGAUCAAAUGCAAGUAAAUAGAAUAUUUGUAUACUCAAAAUUUUGAAAAAAAAUAAAAAUAAAUUAGAAGAUUUCAUCAGGGCUGUUUUCUACCAAUAAAUUGUUCUUCUGAAGACUGUUGACAGUUUGAUAAAGUUGUGGUGCACUGGUAUUGAGCUUUGACGUUGUGGGAAUCGCUUUUUUUAAUCCAUACCGUUAUCAAGCCCCCUUCACGAUUCGUGUCAUUAUCGAUUCAACUAUCCGUUCUUUUCUGUUAUUGCGUUGAACGACGAGACGACAAUAUGUUUUUAACACAAAUGGUGUUGCUUUUUAAGAUGCCGCUUUAUUAACGUUCGACUAGUAGUCAUUUUACUGAUCCGACCUUGAACACAUAAUAAUGUAACCUUGUGUCACCUUGUUUAGUUGGCUAACUAGCUAUUAUCCUGCUGAUUUCAAUGUGAAUUAUAACACUGGAUUACAUACUUUUUCAGCAGCUGACAAUUUAACUGUAUUCGCAAUCUUCACUAGAGUCAAAUUUGUGCACAAGGGAUAUGAUUAAAAUGAUGCAAUUCGACUCGAGACAUAACGUUUAAACACACAAGACUCAAUAAGUUCAUAAAUCAUCGAUUUUCGUGUUCGGAAAAUUCAGGACAGGGUCCUUAAUAGAACCAGGUUUUGAUUCCCAAUCUUUAGACAUGACACAAUACACUGAAAAGACAAGUGUAACGAGGUCAGAGAGCCUCAAAAUCAGUUCUCCUCAAUUCAGGCUACAGAAUAUUUGCCAGUUGGACUACACGUGGGAGAUUGCCUCUCAAAAUCCCUGACUUGAACCCCUUUAAAUUCUCUUUCUGAACGGGCAAAACUGUCAUCACUUGCAUUGUGUGCUACUUUUGAGGAAGUUGUGACGUUAUUGUUGAUACUGACAAAAGGCAGAGAUUGUAUUUGUUGGAAGUUGCUGCUUUGAAUGCCCUAAAGCCUUAUAAGAUAAUAAAUAGCAAAUAAGUCAAAAUUAUGUUGAAUCCCAAUAAAACCAAUAAGAAACAGUAUAAAAUCAAAUGGCUCAUAAAAAUACAACAUCAAAUUUCUAGAAGAGCACAAACAAUAUAAUUGUGUUCUUGGUACCAAAAUAUUAACCAAGCCUGCUGUGUUUGCUGCUGUGAUUGUAUUUCAUGAGCAUUAAACCAUUGAUUGAAAUGGUAAAUCUGGGUUUGAACAAUAGGAUUUCGGAAUUAGAGUUCCACGUGUGUAACCCAGUUGAACAUUUUUGCAGCCAUGUAUAGAAAACAAACCUACUUGUUAAGUGUUUGAACUGUGGUGUUUCAGAAAGGAUACUUAAACCCUUUUUUCCUUUAGGUGUUCUCAUUUUAAAAGAAGACAAAAAAGUCAUAACUAAAGAUGAUAGCUGACCCUAAGGGGCUUUUUGAGUCCCCAAGUCCAACAUUAUUACACUGUUGUACAAUGUCUGGUGACAAUGACAAUUAUCUCCUUUUUUGUACUGUAAUGGGAUUGGCAGAAAGGAUGAGCAGUGUGGUUGUACAAUAUUUAAAUAUGGGAUGCAGUUUUUCCACUUUUUAAUUGCCAGAGGCUUUUAUUGUGAAGAAGAUCGACUUGGCAAACUAAAAGACAAGAAAAAAAUGUUCCUUUGGGGGCAUUUACCUCAACAGCUUGGUCCUCUUCUGGGAUAGACAACCUAUAGAUCUGUAGAGAUCUAACACACUCAUGUCCAAUCCAAUAUGUGACUCUCCAGUAUCUUAUAUACAUGACCAGUAAGGGCAGGAACUCCCAGUAGGCCUGCCCGUAGUCUCCCCAUUUAACCGUAGGGGAGAAUGUAGCAGCCCCACUUUGUUCCUCAGUCCGUUUAAUACCUGAGAAAUCUGUUUGAGUUGGUGAUGAAUCUCCAAGUCCUUUUUUCUGUUCCUCAGGACCAGCUUGUAGCUCUUUUAAAGUAAAAUUGUUGUUGUAGAAAUAAGCUUUGUAAGGCAGCUUUUUACCCAAUUUGAUAGCCCAGUGCUAACCAGAUGAUGAAAUGGGAUGCUCUGGGUAACAAAGCUGUCAGCCCCAAAUUGUUGUUUGUUCUGUGAUCAUUUUACUAGUAAAAAAAACUAUGAAUCCCUCACUGUGUGCAGUCUCUAGACUGUUUUUUUCCCAGUUUACCCAAAGCUACGCCCUUGCUGACAACACACUGGAUACUUGUAAAUAUGUUUAGUUUGCUUUCCGAUGCAUUUCUCUUUUCAGACUGUUGUUUCCAUAGUUUGACACUAGAAUCUCUCCUUUUUGCCUUUCUUCCCAUAUAAAUCUGAUUACCUGAUGGUGGGUUGUGAUGUUGCCUAGAAUGAUUGUUUACAACUUUAUUCCAUUUAUCUCUGGAUAUUCUGUAAAUAUUGUAAUUCAUUGUCUUUUUUUAACUUGAUAAUAAAGUUAUCAGAUAACGGUU